CCUCCCCCAUCUCCUCUCCUCACUCAUGGCUUCCCUUCUCUACCCCAACAAAGCUCUCAUCCUUCCCCGAGAACCACCCGUCAUAUUCCGGCGAGACCAACCCCAUCCCUUCCACGACCUCUCCGACAACCACUUCUCAUUCCCCUGCUUCCCCCUGCUUCCCACCCCCAAACCAAAAGCCGUCUUCGUGCUCGGCUCUUCCGGCACAGGUAAAUCAAAACUGGCCAUAAGCCUCGCCCUCCGCUUCUCCGGCGAGAUCAUCAACUCCGACAAGAUGCAAUUCUACGACGGCCUCCCCGUCAUCACCAACAAAGUCACACCUGAGGAAUGCGCUGGCGUUCCCCACCACCUCCUCGGUGGCAUACACCCCGAAGCCGACUUCACCGCCGCCAAAUUCUGCCGUCUCGCCACCGCAAUCUCAGAUCAAAUCACGGCACGUAACCACCUCCCGAUUAUCGCCGGCGGAUCAAACUCAUAUAUAAAGGAGCUAAUCGACGUCGACUUCACACGCCGGUACGACUGCUGCUUUAUUUGGAUGGACGCGGAGCAGGACGUGUUGGAUGAGUUCGUGGCUGAGCGGGUGGAUAAAAUGGUGGAGAAAGGAUUGGUAGAGGAAGCAAGGGGGAUAUUUGACUUUGAGGCGGAUUAUACGAAGGGGGUUAGGAGAUCGAUAGGGGUGCCGGAAUUGCAUCAAUUUUUCCGGCGAGAGGCGGAGGUUGAUGAGUUGGAGAGGAGGAUGAUGCUCGAGGAAGCGAUUGGGGAGAUAAAGGCGAGUACUUGCAGGCUGACGCGAGUGCAGAGGGAGAAGAUAAGGAGGUUUGAGGCGGAUGAUGGGUGGUGGCUGAACAGAGUGGAUGCGACGGCGGCGUUGGUGUGGCGGAGCGCGGCGGUGGGAGGGUUGGUGUGGGAGGAGACGGUGGUGGGGCCGAGCAUUGAGACGGUGAGGAGGUUUCUAGGAGGUGGUGGUGGUGGAAUUGUUGGAAGGUGUGGCGGCGCGGUGGAGUUCGGCGAGGAGAACAUGACGGCUGAGGUUGUGGCGUCCACUAAAUGA